AAACGGAUCCAGAGGAACAAUUUGGCCAUGUCGUUGAGCACCGUGCCAUUUUGAAUUCGAACGCUUCCGGUGGGAUAUAUUCGUAGUUUGCGGGUAGCGGGAAGACAUAAGAACAUGUUGUUAACGUUUCUAGGGUUCCAUCUUUCGGGAGAACGAAUACAUUGAUCGUCAGGAGUUGCCAAUAGAACAAAUUCUACAAUGAGCCAUGUGGAAAUGUGCAAGAUAUUAAUGGGAAUAUAGCCAAAUCAAAUCCAUUGAAAAAAAGAAGAUCAUUGUCGGCCGCACCACCAGUUUUCAGGUGCAAAUUGUUUCGGAUGGGAGGAGAUUGACAGGGGACUGAAAACAACGUCGUUAUCUCAAACAAAGAGAUAUUCUUGACCACUUCUAUCAUCCCAGACUUGAAAAGCAUGAUCUCUCUCUUCCUUACAACAUACUGCUUGGGGAGUGAGGAGUGAGGGUGAGUAAAGUAACUUCUGCAAUCUGAUGGAAGAUAGGUACUCCAGAUACAAUUUGGCCACUUGAAUCAGAAAACAUCCAGUGGAGAAGGUCCAGGUGCAUCUUCAAUGAGUUGUGGUAAUGUGUCAACUGAUUGCCAGAGUAACCAUGGAACAAAAAAUAUGGCUUCCCAUCAUGAGAAUGCCAGCAGCUUGAAUGAGGGAAGCAUAGCAGCAAAGAAGAAAAGAGAAUCAAGACUUAAGGGUGGAGGACUGCGCCAGUUCAGUAAUAUUGUUUGUCAGAAGUUGGAGAGCAAGGUUAGAACAACAUAUAAUGAGGUCGCAGAUGAAAUCGUUGCAGAGUUUUCCGGAGCACGUGAUGAUGCAGCAGCAUCUUCAGAGUCUGAUGAGAAGAACAUAAGACGACGGGUGUAUGAUGCAUUAAAUGUUCUUCUGGCACUGGAUAUUAUUGCCGGAGACAAAAAGGAAAUCCAUUGGAAGGGACUACCAAAUACACAUAUAAAGGAUUUGGAAGAGAUUAAGGCAUUGCGACUUAGGCUGGUGAAAAAGAUUGGAAAGAAAGUGGCCUAUUUGAAAGGUCUAGAAGAAAAGAUUGUAGGUCUCCAAGAUUUGCUGACGCGCAAUUGUCGGUUACUCAAGUGUGGAAGUGCAUCUCCAGAAGGAUUUUCUUUGCCAUUUAUUCUGGUUCAGACAAGCCCUCAUGCUACUGUUGAGAUAGAGAUUUCUGAAGACAUGCAAUUGGUUCACUUUGACUUCAAUAGUACACCUUUCUCAUUGCAUGAUGAUGCUUAUAUUCUGGAGUUAAUGAGAUACAACCAACAGCCAGAAAGUACAGAUGCUUCUCAAAGUUUUUCUGCUCACUCGUCUUCAAGCUCAGUCACACCUCGAGGCACCAAACCAUUUCAUUGGAACUCUGAAACACAUCUCAAAUGAAUUUAUUAUACCUGAAAUAUAAGUACAUUUGCUGUCCAAAAGAAAAAAGGGAAUCUACCAAUGUGUAUAUAUUCCUAAUUGUUUAAAAUGUUUUGGAGAUUUCAGCAUCAGUCAGCGUUAAAACGUUGGUGAUCAUUGUAAGAUUAGUCUUGAGUUCCACACUUAUGGGGUAGAGAUGAGAAUUUUGAGUUUGAGAUAAAAUUUUAAAAUAUUAUUUUUUUUGUAUUGUUAUUGUUUUGAGAUUUGAAAAAGUUGAAUUGUUUAUUA